GGUCUCCUGAGCAUGUUGGGCCCGGUGUGCUCAUCCCACAAGCAGCUGAUCAAGGCUGCCGGCUUGUACGAUGAGGCUCGCUCCAAGCAGGUGGAGGACCAGAUCAACUAUGACCACUUGCGGAAGCUGGAGCGCAUGUUCCGCGAGGCGGACGUCGAUGGCGGAGGAGGACUGGACAUGGAAGAAUUCCGAAACGCCAUGAAGAAGAUCAUGGGGAACGUUUCCGAAGAAGAUAUUGACGUGAUUUUCAUGAAGGUGGACACCAACUGUGAUGGCGCCGUGGACUGGGAGGAGUAUCUGAAUUACAUGCUACGUGAAUACAGAGGGAAAGACGACAUGCUGAAAAAUAAGAUGCUUCCGGAGUUCCAGACGACCAUGAAACCGGUUUCUGUGGCUCACUCUGAGGAAAUCAUCAAGAUCCAGUUUUUCCCAAACCAGAACAGGGGGCUUUUGGAGAGGGCGAGGAAAAGCCGCUCGCCGCCUGGGCGAUUCCUGACCGUCAGCAGGGACGGGAUCCUGCAAUACUGGAGCGACACCUUCAAAAGGCUCCGUACUGUUGUGCUGGACCAGAGCAAAAGACGUCACAGUUUGAAACUCUGGGUGAUUGACAUGGUGGUCCUUACCAAUAUCAACUUACUGGCGAUUGCAACGACAGACCAGGAUAUUGAGUUCUUUGACAUUGGUGGCAAUAAAUGUGACCGGAUUUUCACUCUCGUCGACUUGGAAGGAUGUGCCACGGCUAUGGACUACUGGACAGAUGGCCGCAAAGGGAUAUUCUCCGUUGGAGACGUGAAAGGGAACGUCCUGAUCUUCACCUCAAAGGAUGUCGUGACGAAUGGGCUGUUCAAUGUCCGCGGCUACAUAGGUGGCUUGUCCAGAGUCCCCGUGCACAUCCUCCUGAAAAACAAGUCCGAACUGUACAGGAAUUUCCAUGUGCCAAAUUUGCACGGAGACUGGUGCCAACAGAUCAGGUACAUCCCGCAGCUCAACCUGGUUGCCUCCUGCACGCCAGCCGACAAGACUGCCAUGGCCCUCACCACUCUCCCGCUGCAUAACAUUGGUAAAACCCAAUCAGCGGUGAUCGUUCUGAAAAAAGGCAUCCUUUGCUUUGACUACUCGUCCGAAAUGAACAUCCUUGUGACGGGAGGGUUCGAGCCCCUGGUCCGCAUCUGGAACCCCUAUGUAACCAGCAGCCCCAUCACGCAGAUGAAGGGCCACUCCACGGCUGUCACCCACAUCAUGAUCAACGGGCAGAGGAACACCAUCGUCAGCGUCUCCAAAGACAAAAACAUCCGCGUCUGGGAUCUGCUGGAUCACUUCUGCCUGCAGUCGAUCCACGGCAGGAACGUCCCCCUGGGCAACUACCCCAUUUCGGCCACCUACUACCACCGGCCGUGCAAUUACAUCAUUUGCGCCACUUACACGCUUGGCUUGUUCUACGGCGUGGAAUAUGUCGACUUGGAUGCCAAGACCCAGGACCAGCCGGUGUGCUGUGCGCUCUACAACAAGAACUUUAAGCAGGCGGUCAGCGGCUGCUACAGCGGGGUCAUCACCGUUUGGGAUAUCAUGACUGGGCAGAAAGUGAUGGAGUUUUCCACCUCAUCAGGGCAGCCGGUGGAAAUCACGGCAAUGACCUUUGAUGCCCCCGAGAGGCGGCUGAUCACAGCCCUGAAAAACGGGACCAUCAAACUGUAACUUCAACAACGGCGCCUGCCUGGUAGAGCUGCCUUUUGA